AUGUCACUAACAAGACUCGAAUCGCCCUCUUCAUUUGCUUUCUUGCUGGUGACCAAUUUCUUGAGAGCUUGGUUCGAAUCGGCAGAAAUCACUCCCUUUUCCAGUAGAUCUAGUUUUUUAACGGUCUUUGAGAUUGAGAAAAGAAAGUCGUCUUCCUUUCUUUUUUUUAUUACGAUCGCCAAGUUCUUCUCUUGCAGAUUAUUCGACGGCGAAAGCACUUCACAAGUCGCCGAUUUAGAUGACAACGUCCGACAUCAGGUAGGCUAAUGUCAAUUGGUUUUUUCCGGGGGUUUAGGGGUUCUUAUUCAUGCAUUUUUAGAUUUCUCUUUUUAUUUUGCGCCAGUAUUGCAGGAAAGAAUGCAUGAAAAUUUUUAUUAAUGCUUUCCAAGUUUGAAUGAUAAGUAGGCUAACUGUAGAAUAACGUUUUUUGUGACUCAUCCGAGAAGAUAACGUUUCCAUGGCAUUAGAGUAACAUCCUAGAUGUAGAACGGGAGAUUACAUUUUUAUCAUGUUUAGAUAGUAAACUGACUACUGUUGCAAGUUUAAAAGGAAAUCAAAAUUUUUGUUUUGAGUGCUUUUGUUAUUGUGAAUUGUUGCUUUCAGAAUGUUGAACCCUCCCCCACAUUCCUUGAAAAACAACUCCUCGCCCUUCACAUUUCACUUAAACUGGAGGUAGAUGAAGAGAAACGGAAGGUCACUCAACUGCUGGGUGUUCUCCGUCAAGUCCGCUCUCUCCUCCCCGAAGAUGCCCUCAGGUCAUUUGAUGCAAACCAUGCUAAGAACCAACUCUCAGAUCUACAGACCCCCACGGACCCGAUGAAUCAGCACGAUCUCACAGAAAUGGAGCAAAAACGCGACGAACUUCUCGCCGAAAUUGCCAAAUACCGCGAUUUGUGCGGACUGCUAAGAGCCCGUCUAGAACAAUAUAAUCUCCUCCUCAGCUCGGCCCAAAAAGAAGAUGCCGUUGCCGCAAGCGAUGCUUCAGAAUCAGUUGUCACACGGUUUUAA